AUGGUCGUGUGUAGCUACAACUGUGGUCAAGAGGGUCACAUUUCCCGUGACUGCACUGGAGAGACCAAGGCCAAGUCGUGCUACAAGUGCGGUCAAGAAGGUCACAUUUCCCGUGACUGCCCCGAAGCUGCAAACAACAAUAGCAGCAACGCAAAUGGCGGAGGCUACUCGGGUGGACGUGAUAACAGCAGCGCAGAGUGCUAUCGCUGCGGUCAAGUUGGACACAUUGCACGCAACUGCCCCAGCUCUGGUGGAAAUAGCUAUGGAGGCGGAGGUCGUAGCGGUGGCGGUCGUGGAGGAUACAAUCGCGACCGUGGUGGAGGAGGGAGCUAUGCCGCUUUUGGUGGAGGUAACCAGAAGACUUGCUACACCUGCGGUGGCGUAGGUCACAUUUCCCGCGAUUGCUCCCAAGGCGCCAAGUGCUACAAUUGCUCCGGAACGGGUCACGUUUCCAAGGAUUGCCCUCAACCCCAGCGCAAGGCCUGCUACACCUGCGGCUCCGAAGGUCACAUCUCUCGUGAUUGCCCAGGUGCAGGAGAAGCCACCGCCGAAUAA